AUGUUGCUUGCCGUAUAUCUCGCUGCGCUGCUCUGCCCCGUGCGCGGGCGAGCCGAGGAGAUCGACCCGUCGUCGAAUCUGCGCCCCAGCAACGUGACGGGCCUCAUCUACUAUCUCUACCGCUGGACAGGAUCGUACUAUAAUGGGACGACGACGCUGCGCAUCGACCCGCAAGACAUGAUGGACGACACCGAAUGCGACACGUUUGCCAGGGGCCCGGUCGAGAUUUCGUUUGAGAACUCGCUCCUCGCGAUUGUCAAGUCGAAUCGCUACGUUCCUGACCAGAACGAGCUCACGUUUUCGCUCAGCUUCUGGGACAAGAGCCUCAACAUCACGCCCGCGAGGAGUAACAACGAUGAUGGGCCCAUCAAUGAUAUCCAGACCAUCUCAUCCGUCAUCUCGAUGAAUCGCUACACCAAGCCGACUGAGACUAUACCCCCCACGUGGCAGCUCAACACGUCGCACAUCGACGGCACUACCUCCUAUUCCUUCAGCGGGUACCGCAACUUCACGCAACAGCAGGUCGUCGGCUUCAACUACAGCACGUGCAAGUCAUCGGCUCUUGACGAGUACGCCGGCGCGCUGCUCAACCCGUCCCAGCGCAAGAGCCACCUCGACACGCUCAACGUGACGGCCUUUCCGUUUGUGAGCGGGCGAUUCGACAACAGCUCUGCGAGCCUCGAGAUCCGCGCCGUGAUCAAGAGCGGCAACAAGGGCGAGGACCACGACGAGGGGAGCUUCUUGGGCGGGCCGAUUACCAUCAGUUUCCUGGGGAAGCUCGACGCGGAGAGGUCCGACUUGCUGCUGUCCAGCUCGAACGAUACGCCCGUGUGGAACUCGACGCUGGGGUAUGAGAGGGACUUGAUGGGGAAAGCCAGUGCGAGUUGGAGGGUCCGCGUCGGUGGGUGGACGGCGGGUGUCGCGGCGGCGGCGGCGUUGGCUUGGGUGUUGUAA